AUGCGUAUUCGCCUACAGCCUCGCAGGAGACCACAAGGUAAGCGACCCCCAGGUAAGCUGAAUGUUGCUUUGUUGUCUUUGCCUGCUCACCGUCUCCAUUUCAGCAAUGAGCUAGCUCAACGGCUAGACAAUUUUCCUACCGCUGCCGCCGCCGACGACGCCGCCGCCGCCGCUGCCGAGAACACCUCCGUGGAGAACCGCUGGUGUCAGCUGCGAGACACGGUCCAGUCGACGGCUCUCGCCGUCCUCGGUCGCGCUCCCCGCCAACACCAGGACUGGUUCGACGACAACGACGCCGCCAUCAGAAAUCUGCUUGCUGAGAAGAACCGCCUCCACAAAGCCUACGUAGAUCAUCCCACUAAGGACAACAAAGCUGCCUUCUACCACAGUCGCCGACAGCUUCAGCAACGACUGCGCGAGAUGCAGGACGAAUGGACUGCUCGCAAAGCUGAGGAGAUCCAAGGCUACGCGGACCGCAACGAAUGGAAGAACUUCUUCGCCGCCAUCAAAGCUGUCUACGGUCCGCCGACGAAGUGCACUGCUCCUCUCCUCAGCGCCGACGGCAGCACUCUCCUGACUGAGAAGACGCAAAUCCUACAGCGAUGGGCCGAGCACUUCCGAGGCGUCCUCAACCGCCCUUCCGUCAUCUCCGACGCCGCCAUCGCCCGCUUGCCGCAAGUGGAGACCAACGUGGACCUCGACCUCCCGCCAUCUCUCUAG